CUGCAAUCCAUAAAAUAGCGCGUAACGCUGGUAAAAAAGUUAAAAGGAGAGAGAAAGAGGGGAAAAAACAAUGGGGUGUUUCCCUUGCUUCGACGGAGGAAACAAAGAGCGAAAGGAGCAAGAAAGGUUGGCCUCUGCCGAAGCUCGUGCCAGAGCCGCAGAGGCCGCUCAGAAAAGGCAAGAGCAGUUCGAACAGUCAGCUGCAGGAAGAGCUGCACGGGCACAGUUGCAAGCUGCUGCGAAGCAGUCAACAAAUUCCAAUAAAGGCGAACCUGUUUUGAAGUGGCAGAUGGGUUGAAGUAUUUCUUAGCCGAAAUUGCUCAUG